CCCUCCAGUGACACCACACAGACGGACCCGGUUUUAAACCAGCAGCACGCGCUGGUUUGAGCCAAGAGGACCUGAUGAGUGGGUCCUGAGAGAAGGACCCACGGAACCGGAGUCUCGUCUCUAAAACCAGAACCUGGUCCCGGUUCCCUUCUCCGGUAAACCUGCAUGAGAUGAGAGAAUUCCACCGGCGCGAGGAGCGACGGAAACGCGGAGGUUGUGCUCAACAUGCGGUGGGUCAUCCCGUCCCGCCUGGACCUGUGAGCUGAAGGAUCCAUAAGAACCAUGAAUCUUCUGUGGCUGCUGGUUCUGACCGCCUCGGUCUGCGGGCUGCCUGCCCGUAACACCGCGAGCUCCCGUUCUCAGCUCCCACCAUCAGAGAGACGAGAAGAUGCUCCUCUGAACCUGAAACAGCUCCAGCAGGAAAACCUGCUGCAGACUCAUCCCCUCCCAUCCCGACACCGCGCUGGCCUCCCUCCACCCACGCCUGAGGAGGAACCCUUCGUCCUGGAUCUGAGGAACUUUCCGGACCUGGCCAAUGCGGACGCUGGCUCCCAGAAUCCCAACAUACAGGUGACCAUCGAGGUGGUGGAGGACCCUCAGACCGAGACGGAGGUGGAGAUGGACCUGGUCACAGAGAGUCAGAGGAACAACUGGUCCGUUUCCUCCUCAGACUGGAUCAACAGCCACAAAAAGCUGUUCUGGCCGCUGUUCUGGGAGUACCCGGAGCAGAUGGAGAACGGGCUGCUGGGUGGAACCGGUUCUGAGGACUAUGGUGAUCCAGACGCGUCGGUCCUGGGUGGAGUUGGGGGACGUUGGAACACAGAGACAAAGUUUGAGAACGAGGAGUGGACCGGCUGGGCUCCCUGCAGCGCCACCUGUGGGUUUGGAUCCCAGAAACGGACCAGAACCUGCGGAUAUGCCUGCACCGCCACCGAGUCGCGCACGUGUGACCUGCAGAGCUGUCCCAACGCUGGGAUGCCCGUUACCGAGGCGACGCUGCUCCAGACAGCCAGCAGCAUCCAGUCCAAUGUGGACAGCUGUGAGAAGUGGCUGAGCUGCAGAAACGAAUUUCUCCAGAAGUACCUGCACCAGGUGCUGACCGAGCUGCCCAGCUGCCCCUGCUCCUACCCGUCUGAGGUCGUCUACGGCGCCGUCAACCUCCAGGACGUCAGACUCCGCAAGACGUACCGCUGGAGGGACGCCAGCGGGCCCAAAGAGCGGCUGGACAUCUACAAGCCCUCGGCCCGGUUCUGUAUCCGCUCCAUGCUGUCCUACGACAGCACCACGCUGGCGGCCCAGCACUGUUGCUAUGACGACCAGAUGAGACUGAUAACACGUGGCAAAGGAGCAGGAGCACCGGACCUGAUCAGCACCGAGUUCUCCCCCGAGCUUCACCACAAGGUGGACGUCCUGCCAUGGAUCCUGUGCAAAGGGGACUGGAGCCGGUUCCAUUCGGUGAGACCGCCCAACAACGGGCUGGCGUGCACGGAGAACCCAACGGAACCAGUGUUCCAGCUGGAGCUCCGAGAGGCCCAGGAGUACUGACCCACUCCAGCAGAACCCUAAAGACUCGUGAAGAAGAAGACUUAAGGGCCCAUGUUCUGGUGUGUGUGUGUGUGUGUGUGUGUGUGUGUGUGUGUGUGUGUGUGUGUGUGUGUGUGUGUGUGUGUGUGUGUGUGUGUGUGUGUGUGUGUGUGUGUGUGUGUGUGUGUGUGUGUGUGUGUGUGUGUGUGUGUGUGUGCGUGCGUGCGUGCGUGCGUGCGUGCGUGCGUGCGUGCGUGCGUGCGUGCGUGUGUGCGUGUGCGUGUGCGUGUGCGUGUGCGUGUGCGUGUGCGUGUGCGUGUGCGUGUGCGUGUGUGUGCGUGCGUGCGUGCGUGCGUGUGUGUGUGUGCGUGUGCGUGUGCGUGUGCGUGUGCGUGUGUGUGUGUGUGUGUGUGUGUGUGGUGUGUGUGUGUGCGUGUGUGAGAAAGCUUAUUUAUUGGCCCAGGAUCUUUAUUUUUAUAUCUGGAGUCUGAUGAAACGAUAAUGAAAAGCUGCUAAAAUCAGGAAUAAAAUCUGACAGAAGAUUUUCUGUGAACAUUCAUCCAUCCAUCUGUUCAUCCGUUCAUCCAUCCAUCUGUUCAUCCGUUCAUCCAUCCAUCUGUUCAUCCGUUCAUCCAUCCAGGGUCUGUUUCCCCUCCAGCAGACAGAUUUCCCUGUAAUCCUAGCCUGUGAGCCCAAUCCUGGUCCUGGAGAGCGCUGUCCAGCAUGUUUUAGUUGUCUCCCUGCUCCAACACACCUGAUUCGAAUCACAGGUGAUUAACAGGAUUCUGCAGAGCUUAACAAGCUGCUGAAUAAAAGCUGACGGUGGCACCGUAAUGGGGAGGUUGCGGGUUCGAGCCUCGCUCAGUUCGUUGCUGUCGUUGUGUCCUUGGGCAAGACACUUACCCCCCCUAGCCUGCAGGUGGAGGGACCGGUGGCGCCGGUGCUCGGCAGCCCCAGGUCAGCUGUGGCUACAUGGUAGCUCAUCCUCACACGCGCGUGAAUGACUGAUUGUGUUGUAAAGCGCCUUGGGGGGUUCCAGGACUCUGGAUGCAGGCCAUUCAAUCAGGUGUGCUGAUGUAGGGAAAUAACUAAAACAUGCUGGCUCACCUGCUCUGGAGUGAUUCUAGAUUAAAAUUCCAGAUUUUCCUGA